AUGUCUGUCCCGUUGGUUGCUUCACUCAAUUCUCUGUCGGAGUCCGAGCUCACCCCCGCGCUGUCAUUCGCCGGUCACGUCUUGAUAACAGUCACUCCGGAGAACCUAGAUGAGGCCUUGACGUUUAUGCCCAAGAACUUCCACCGUUUCACAUUCUCAGUCAAUGUCGUUGCGCUCCCUUCUACGAAAGAUGUCCGCUCGCUGCUCAAUGCCGGUGCGUCGAGGGUAUUUGUUACGUACGAUCAAUUGCGAGCUUUACAGCCCGAGGUUGAUGACUCACGCUUAGCCCUGUUAAUCGACACUUCUUCUCGGGGUGAUGGGAAGGCUGCUGAGGCUAUUUCGGAUACCUUUGUUGGUCUCUAUGCACAUAAUAUUACCGACUUGGAUUUUGUCACUGGUUGGCUAAACGAGUAUGGGUCCAAUGAUAGACCUCCGGUUUUUGUCUCGUUCGGGUACACGCCCUCGCUGGGAGACGUGGAGGCUAUUGGGAAACUCGUCGCUACUCCAAUUGUCGCUGCUGAGGAAUUGACGGUUGAUUUGGAGAAGGAGCCGUCAAAGUUAUCCAUUGGAGAUAUCAUCCUCGCGGCCGUCUGCUCGGAUCGCCAGGAUAAGCUUAUUUCUACGAUAGUUACGGAUGAAGCUGGGAUUGCCCUUGGGCUGGUGUACUCUUCCCCUGAGAGUGUCAAGGAGAGUUUGAAGACCGGAGCAGGGGUUUACCAGAGCAGGAAGAGGGGGUUGUGGUAUAAGGGUACUACUAGUGGAGCUGUGCAAGAGCUUGUGAGAAUUGACCUAGAUUGUGAUGGUGACUGUUUGAGGUUCGUCGUGAGGCAGAAGGGCAAAGGGUUCUGUCACCUCGAGACUGCUACCUGCUUUGGUGAAUACAGAGGGCUUUUCCAUCUACAAAAGACUUUGACUUCAAGAAAGGAGUCUGCACCCACUGGAUCAUACACUGCCCGUCUCUUCUCGGAUGAGAAGCUUCUUCGAGCAAAGAUUAUGGAAGAGGCUGAGGAGCUCUGCCAAGCAAAGACUAAGGAGGGGAUUGCUUUCGAGGCAGCAGACCUUAUCUACUUUGCGCUUACCAAAUGCAUAGGGGCAGAAGGAAGGGCGAUGCUAAAGAGAAAUGGGCUCAACCUGGCGUAA